AGCUUAAAUCGCGCAUAUCGAGACGUCGAGCACGAUGUCCCCGCGACAGCUCACAUUGAUCUUCGACUCGCUCGGCCUUUCAGCAGCUGCUGCGAAGUUCCAGGUCGGGAAAUUGACAGAAGAACAAUGAAGAAAGAAUCAUUCGCAGAAGACUAUCAUGGGGAGCCGCCCUUCCCCCCGUCCGCACAGCUUUGUGACGAUCUCGAGUUCAUAGCCAAGGAACUCGGGUUGCGCAACAAGAACUUCAGACGGCCAAGACUGCCGGGACGACCGCAGAUUGAACUGUACAACACAGCGAGGGUAGUCGAGUAUUGCUCGGAAGAACUGUGCACGCCUGAAUUCGACAGCUUGGCCCGUGGACGGCUGUCUAUUCGACUCUGCAACGAGAAGCAACACUCCUUGUCAGAAUAUGCCGUCCUGUCUCGGUCCAUAGUCGUGACGGAGAACCCAAAGCUCCACUGCGUCUGGGACGACGACAAGAUGUUCAUCAAACCGAUCCCGCCGUAUCUCGCCUCGCACGCGUUCUGGCACUUCCUCUCCGUGCCCCAAGCCGCAGGGUCCUCCCACAGAGAUCUCGUCGCCGCGGCGAACGGGUUCCUGCGCUCGUACUCGACGCUCAUCACGCACCCGUCCGACUUUCACAUCGCGAGGAAGCACCACCUCAUCCCCGAAGACUGGGACUUCGACGCGCUUGUUCUCUUUCUGCAGCACUUCGCUGACCUGCCCGACUCGGCCGUCACCCCGCGCUACACCCUGGGCGAGAUGCAACUGCAGACGCUGAACCGCGCGUCGUGCUUCCGUCACCGCAAACUGUACCUUCGCAUACAUCGCAACAGGUACAACGCAUACUUUACCCGCUUCUACGCCCCCACUUUGUUCGUCUUCGCCACCUUCUCCGUCGUUCUCUCUGCUAUGCAAGUUGCCAUUGCCGUCAGACAGUCGGAAGCACCAAUUGACGCGCACAACAAUCUGCCGGAAGCUGGGUUCGGAGGCGGGCUGGGCGCUGGAUGGGCGCAUAUGGGCUACGCAUUCAGAUGGUUCAGUAUAUGGAGUAUAUCCUUUGUCGCGAGCAUGGGGUCGUUCCUGUUUUUCAAUUUCUUGGUGUUGGCCUUGUUGGAUAGCUGGGCAGAUUGGAAGGAUAGGCCAGUGGCAACGCAAAGGAGAAGCAUCGUAGCAUGAUAAUUUCUUCAUUUGUUUCCCUAUUUCUUCCUUUUUAUCUGCUAUCACACAGAGCCUAGUUAUUGGAGAGAAGUGUGAUAUUGUCCCAGUCAGUUUUGUGAAAAUCAAUGCAUUGGCACUUUCCUACCGGAGCAUUGCAAGCAUGCGACGCCACUGCAUGUGUGGUGGAUGGAGAAAAGUGACCCUUCUAGUCCAUAAAGCUAGCUAAAGAUUAUGCUACGAGU